AUGCAUCGCCUUAUUGUAAAGCCUAAAUAUGUCUCUUCACCACGUGGAUCCUUCUUGUUGCUUGAUGGCGUGUUUGGAACUGUGUUCAAGAGGAUUGGACGUAGAAUGAACAUGUUAUCAACUCAAGUUUGCGUUAGUGUUUGUUGGCCAUAUUUUGAUCCGGAGUAUGAGAACUUCAGCAACAGAAUCAACCCUCCAAGGGUCUCUGUGGACAAUGAUAGUUGCCAUGAUUGUACACUUAUCAAGUUUGAUAGCAUUAACAAACCUGGAAUUCUGCUAGAAGUGGUCCAAAUCCUGACAGACCUUGACUUCACAAUUACCAAAGCUUACAUAUCUUCUGAUGGUGGAUGGUUUAUGGAUGUAUUUCAUGUCACCGAUCAGCAAGGAAAGAAGAUAACAGACAGCAAAACAAUAGACUUCAUUGAAAAGUCUCUAGGACCAAAGGGCCAGAGUACAGAAGGAGUGAAGAGUUGGCAAUGCAAAAGGGUUGGAUUUCACUUAGUUGGUGAUCAUACAGCCAUUGAGCUCAUUGGAAGGGACCGCCCCGGUCUCUUGUCUGAGAUAUCAGCAGUCCUUGCCAGCCUCCAAUUCAAUGUGAUUGCUGCUGAAGUUUGGACUCAUAACAGGAGAAUAGCUUGUGUCCUUUAUGUCAAUGAUGCUACAAACCAAACCAUGGAUGAAUCAAAAAGAUUGUCUAUCAUGGAAGAGCAGCUCAACCACAUCCUACGCGGGUGUGAGGAUGAUGAGAAAGUGGCUAGGACCAGUUUCUCAAUGGGUUUCACCCACAUGGAUCGGAGGCUCCACCAAAUGCUAUUUGCUGAUAGGGACUACGAAAGUUCUGGAGUAACAACAACAGAUGUUGAUUCUACUCCUUCUUUUAGGCCAAAAAUCAGAAUAGAACGUAUUGUGGAAAAAGGGUACUCAGUGGUUAGUGUAAAAUGCAAAGAUCGGGCAAAAUUGAUGUUUGACAUUGUUUGCACUCUCACCGACAUGCAGUAUGUGGUUUUCCAUGCUACAAUUUCAUCGGAAGGGCAAUAUGCAUCCCAGGAGUACUUUAUCCGGCACAUGGACGGAUGCACGCUUGAUACUGAGGGAGAGACAGAAAGGGUCACCAAAUGCAUUGAAGCUGCUAUUCAAAGAAGAGUUAGCGAGGGUGUGAGCCUUGAACUGUGUGCAAAGGACAGAGUGGGGUUGCUGUCUGAAGUGACAAGGAUUUUACGAGAGAACGGCAUAACAGUUAGUAGGGCAGGUGUGUCAACCAUAGGGGAGAAAGGGUUAAAUGUGUUCUACGUGAGAGAUGCAUCUGGGAACCCAGUGGACAUGAAGAUCAUCGAAGCAUUACGCAAGGAAAUUGGACAGACAGUGAUGGUCAAUGUGAAGAGGGAACCAGGCAGUGCCAAAGCACCAGCUGAAACCCGAGGAUGGGCUAAAACAGGCUUCUUCUUUGGGAACUUGUUGGAAAGGUUCUUGACUUGA